GCCUGCUUUAUCGCCUUUAUCUCACGGUCGCAACGGGCUUAUCUAGCUUACCUAGGUACCUCGGCGCCUCGCCUGUGCGCCACGUGCGGCUUUAAAUCCGCACCCUCUUGGGUUGAACCCCACACCCAGUCCCUUACCACCUUACCUCCUCGCCUUACCAUUACUCUCUUCUCCAACGUCAGGCAUUGAGCUUCUCAAAUGAAUUGAUGGUAUACCACUGCAAACGGCAUCGACCUAGUCCACCUGUACCCAUAUCUGGACUAUUCACAUUUGCUAUAAUUAAGGGGCAUCAUGUCUUUCCCCAAUAUCUGGCAUCACCGGAAGGUGGCCGAUACUUCAGCCAAAGCCUGUGAGGUCUGCUACAAGCCCAGUACCAGCGUACUCAUUACUCCAGAAAAUAAGGAUUUCUUCUAUGUGUGUAUCGGCCAUAUAAAAGAUAGAGGCUUCUGCACGCCUAUUAUUGACCAGGAGGCUGUUGCGGCUAAGAAGAAAAAGGAGAUGGAAGAGGAGAUUGAACGAGCUAAAAAGGAGUAUGAAGAGAAACAACGUAAGAAAAGGGAGAAAGAAUCAAAAUCUGGCGAGGAGACGGAUAAGGCCAAAGACGCCAAGGAUAACGAGGAGAAAGAUUCGAAAAAAGCCGAGAAGAAAGAUGAUCCAAAACCGGACAGCAAGGAUAAGGCGGAUGAUAAUACAUCACCAAAAGCGGAAGAUGAACCAAGAGUAUUCGCAUUGCAAAGGACCUUCUAUCAACAACGACUUGACAGGAAACGCCAAGCUGAGAUGGCCAAAAGGAACCGGGAGCGUUUGAACAACCCUAAUUUCUUCCCCUCUGUGCCCAAGGACCUGCCUUGAGAAGCCAACUCCGCCUGCAUCGGACAUCCAGCUCAGCGAGUAGUAUUUUCGAAGCGAGGUAACCACG